AUGUCCAUCAUUAUCACCCACAACUUCAUCGUUUUCGUGAUGGUCAUGAGAGUCCUCUGCAGAGAUAAAUCUCACCUGCAUAAAAGUGCGGAAAAAAAGGAUAUAAAAUCUCGUUUGAUGGGUGCUUUUACGCUGUUGGUCCUGCUGGGCAUACCCUGGAUACUGAGCGCUUUUGGAGCUAUAAAGAAUGACGUCAAUGAUUCUGUAAAAAAUUUUCAAAGCGUAAUUGGGGAGGGCAUGUGCCCCCAUGCAGGCGCCAAUGCUACGGACGAUUUUGACCGCGAUGCACGUGUUGACGGAAAGAAAGAAAGCAGUUACCGUAAUGAUGAAGAUGAUGACGAAAACGAAAAGAAAGUUUUUGAGAAUAUUAGUGAAGUUGUAUUGUUUUGCUACAUGUAUUUACACGCGGAUCUUUCUGCUAACUCGCCUGUUUUCAUCGAUAACGACAGCAAUGGUAAUAAUAGCUACAACGAUUUCGAUGCAACACUCACCAACUAUUCAACUUUAGAUGAUUAUUUUGAUAAGAAGUUGGUAGUUACGAGAGUCAAGGAUUACAUCAAUAUUUAUUAA